AACAAGUGCACGUCAAACGGCCCCCCUGCACCACGUGAACGGCACGAGCGGGACGCACCGCCUCGAGACUCUCUGGUGAUUAUUUAUAAGUUUUUUAAUUUAUUUUUUGGUUUCCGAUUCCUGGGAAAUGGACUUCACAGCCAAGAUGGAGAUCAGCGUCAGCCACCACCACCCGCAGCAGCUGCUGCCGCCCGCGUGCUUCUUCUCCUCCGCGGCGGUGCAGAGCGUCCAGCUGAGCCCGAGCGGCAGCAGCCAGGGCAGCAGCGGCAAGUCGGGCUCCAAGCAGCCGAAGCGGCAGCGCUCCUCCUCCCCGGAGCUGCUGCGCUGCAAGCGGCGGCUGAACUUCGCGGGCUUCGGCUACAGUCUGCCGCCGCAGCAGCCGCACGCGGUGGCCCGCCGCAACGAGAGGGAGCGCAACCGCGUGAAGUUGGUCAACAACGGCUUCGCCACGCUGCGCGAACACGUGCCCAACGGCGCCGCCAACAAGAAGAUGAGCAAAGUGGAGACGCUGCGCUCCGCCGUGGAGUACAUACGCGCGCUGCAGCAGCUGCUGGACGAACACGACGCGGUGAGCGCGGUGUUCCAGUCCGGCGUGCUGUCGCCCAGCAUGUCGCAGGGCUACUCCGCGGACAUGAACUCCAUGGCGGGCUCCCCGGUGUCCUCGUACUCGUCCGACGAGGGCUCCUACGACCCCCUCAGCCCCGAGGAGCAGGAGCUGCUGGACUUCACCAACUGGUUCUGAGCCUCCAUAGUAAAGACAUAUGGAUCAACUCACUUUACUGUUGAAGUGCGCGUGCAGGAUCGUCCCGGAGGAGGCUGUGCGCUUUUACGCGCGGUCCUCCCGGACUGGCAGAGACACACGAGCACGCGCGCCUUCACGUCCGCGGAGAACCUGGAGGAGGUGAAUCAGGCCGGAGAUCAGCGCCAAAGGAAGACGACGGUUCUCCUGACAGCGUGGGAAUCCCCAUGAUAAACAAACAAACAACAACAACAAAACACUAAAGUGAAUUCCUGCUCUCCAGCAGCUAUUACAAACAUGUUUAACACGUCGCUCUUCAACUAUGCUAAACCCAAUCACAGAACACCAACCCCGUUGGUAGAACUUCUCGAGACGUUAACAUGCUUCCAAGUCGCGGAUUUAUUCUAUAAAAUUAUUAUAUCAAACGCUUUUUUUGAAAUAUAUUAAGCUAUUUUUGUAUGUAAGAGAUUUAUAGAUGUUUUGUACACAUCAAUUUUUGUAUAUAUUUUGUCUAUAUAUUGCGAAGUUGCUUGUAUACCUCCUGCCUGUAGACGUGUCGUCUAUGAUUCUCUCGUGUUCAGGAGGUUUCCAUGAAGGAGUUUGACACUCCGACGUUUUACUCUCGCACCGAUGUGUCUUAUUUAAUAUAGCAACAACCAUGUUAUUGCGUUAUGUCAUGAAGUUCACAAAGAUCAAAACGUAUGCAGCUAUUGUCCAAACGGAGCGCGCCGGCCACGCGUCGUCUCCACACUGUCAGCUCGAUAUUGUCUUCACAUAAACAGAUGUUGAAAAAAAGAAGAAGUCCGAUAACCAUAUUUUCUACACUCCAAGAAUAAAAUGAUUUGCUACUGAA